AAGUGGGUGGGGGGGCCCCUCCUCCCACAGUGUGGAGAGAAAUGCUCUCCUGCAUGACUCAGCUGCUGGAGACAGCGAGGCAGCAGCGGAGGUAGAAUCAAACCACUGUUUCAGAGAAAGAUUUAAACCGGAGAAGAGAAUCCAGAGAAUCACAGUGGAUCUUGUUGUCGACACAUGUGGGAGAUGUAGGAGACCGUGGUGAGGAGGUGACCGCCGGAAUGAACGCAACAGCAACUCCUGUCCUCCAGGGGCUCUGGGAGUAUGUGAGAGCAGGACAGCAGGACAUAUUGCUCUCUCUUUACCUGCCCGCGUCCUGCGCCUUCCUGACGCACGUCCUCUUUUGCGCACCUUUCCUGGCGCUGGAUGCGCUGGGCAGCGUCUGUCAACGCGUCCGUUCCUGGAGGAUCGCCUCCGGCUCGGGUCCUCCGCCGUCUCUCUGGCGGUGGUUUGACUGUUUUUGGAGGGUUUUGUGCAAAUACGUGACCACCGUCCUGCCCGCCACUGCGCUGUUCCAGAGCCUGCGGAGCUGCAAGUUCCCAGAGCUGGCUCCGACCUGUUGGCAGCUCUUUGUAGAAGUUGUGGCUUGUUUUCUGCUGUUUGACAUGCUCUACUUUAUGUGGCACUACGCCAUGCACAGGGUUCCGUGGUUGUACCACAGCAUCCACCAGAUGCACCACCAGCACCACGUUCCCUUCGCUCUGGCAGCGCAGGACUCCAGUCCGGCUGAGCUGCUGUCGCUGCUGCUGCUGGCUCUGAGCACCGUCUGGGUGGUGGGCUGUCACCCCCUCAGUGAAGUCAUCUUCCACCUCCUUAACAGCUGGCUAGCGGUGGAAGACCACUGCGGCUACAACCUGCCCUGGGCUCUGCACAGACUGCUGCCCUGUCUGGGAGGAGCUCCCUUCCACCAGGCCCACCACAGUCUGCAACGUGGCAACUACGCCCCCUACUUCACCCACUGGGACCAGCUCUUUGGCACCUACCGCACACCAGUACCGUAUUAAUGUUCAGAAUGACAAAACUGUUGCACACUGCAAAUUGGAAAUUGCUCAGUUUCCUACAAAGCUGUUAAGAUACAGUGAAGGAUAUUUUCUGUAGCAUCUGAUCAUGAGAUCAACUUUUCAUUUCAUGAGACAUGAACUCUCUGCUUGAAGCAAACCAACAACGGACAUUUCAUUCACAUAUCUGCCAGUAUGAAGACAGUUUGAAAUUUGUGGCCACAAAAUGACUGAAAUCUAAAACUUUCAUAAAGGAGCUACAUGUUUUACGGUUGUAUGUCUGAAACUGACUAAGAUCUUGGACAGUCUCUUGUUCACAUACAGUAUUUACAACAUAUUUCCUGUGGUGCUCUAGAGGUGGAAGCAUAGAUCCACAAUUUGUCACACACCAAUUGAAAGCAGCUUGAUACAAGUCAACAUCAAGACAAUGAACAAAUGCUUGAACUAAUGUGCAACUGAUGUGUCCUCAUGACAUGGGUGUGGAUAGAUUUAUUUGCUUUCACGGUACUUUUGUGGGCGUAAAGCAGCUGAUACAGUGUACACUUAACAGAUUGAUUUUGAUCAUAUUUGCAGUUAAAGGAACAGUUUGGCAUUUUGGAAAAAUAUAGUUUUCACAUUCUUGCAGAAAGAAGAUUGACACCAUGGACAUGUAUGAGUAGUUAGUAUGAAGUAUGAACUCAGACUCAACUCUAAUCGUCAUUCUAACCAUGUGACGUGAUAAGAACAAAACACUUUCACAGGUCUCAGUUUGUGAGAAAUACUGCAUA